AUGUCUUUUAUGUGUGGCAAUGCUCUCCUAUUCACUACAGCUAUCAAUGACAACAAUGCAGCAUUCCUUGAUGGAUCUACUGCUGCUUGUGUUGAAUUUGCAACUAUACCACUUGAUUUGACGCUCUGGCAUUGCAGAUUGGCUCACCACCAUCAUGGUGAUGUCAAGAGACUGAUACAGAGAGAUCUGGUUACUGGGCUUACACUGGAUUUCAAGGCUGUUCCUGAUCCUGUCUGUGAACCGUGCUUGUCUGGCAAGUCACCCCCUAGCUGCCAUGGAAUGUAUAAGGCAAGACUUUGGACCCAGUUUAGAAGACAACUAGUAAAAAUUGAUAUUCUGUUUAACACUCUUCUACAAGUAGACAAGCCACCUGCUGCUGUUCUACUUAGUCAUAUUACUCUAGGAUAUUAUAAAAAAGGAUAUACUUAA